AUGCCUUUCUACGUGGAACGAAAAAAGGGCGAAUGCAAGAAUAAUCAAACAAAACUCUGGCGAUCCGUUGAGCACAAUUACACCGUGAUCCCGAUUGAGUUGGAUGAGGAAAAUGCCGCAAACUCUCGACCGAAAAGCGGACGAUAUCUUAAAUUCGUCGUUUUGUCGGACACGCAUUGUAAAAUGGAGGAAAUUAUGGAUCAAAUCCCGGAUGGAGAUGUGCUUGUGCAUUGUGGAGAUUUCACCAAUUUUGGCGAAUAUGACAAGAUUUCCGAGUUCAACGACCAAUUGGGAAGAUUGCCGCAUAAAUACAAGAUUGUGAUUGCGGGAAAUCACGAGCUGGGAUUCGAGGAUGGCGAGGAUGUGCUGCGAAGAACCCCCGAAAUGCAAACCCACGGUACUCCGAGAGGCUACAAACUACUCACAAAUGCCACAUAUCUUCACGAUUCUUCGAUUCAGAUUGAAAAUUUGAAGCUCUAUGGCAGCUCUUGGCAUCCACUACGUGGCUACAGUUUCCAUGUGGAACGAGGCCCGGAAAUGAUGGAAAAAUGGAAGCAAAUCCCCAAGGAUACUGAUAUUUUGAUCACUCAUGGGCCACCAUUGGGUUACAAUGACGCUCGAGACCCAGAGAUCUUUUGGGGUGAUUUCGAUUUACUCAAAAUCGUUACAGCAAGGAAACCAAAGUAUCACCUACACGGUCAUAUGCACGAGGGUUAUGGAGUCUGCUCGAAUGGCGAAACGACGUUUAUCAAUUCGGCAAUCGCUGAUAAACGUGGCAAUCUUGCAAGGAAACCGAUCAUUUUCUAUAUACCAUUGCCA